AUGAAGACAACUCUCACCCUCGCUGGACUUUUGUCCCUAGGCUCUACGGCCUUUGCAUCUGCCUUCCCAUACUACUUCGCAGCCAGCAUCCAGGCAACUGACCCCGAUUCUUCAGUCGAUGGGCUAUAUUUCCGUCCAGGUCUUCUCAAUACCGAUGGUGAAACAUUGAUCGCAUUGGGUCCUGCGCCCCUUUACUUCUACAUCAAUGAAACCAACAGUCAACUUCUCAUGACCGACUUUCACGAAGGAGUCAUAGGCAACGGCUAUGUCGACGACAGCGACAAGGGAAUCUUGAAGUUUGGCGACGAUCCCGAUGCUCAUGAUUACGCUCUAUUUGCCCUUUCCGCUGAUAGUAAAUCCCUUUCGAUGCGGGGAGCGUCCGACAGGUGGUUCUGGUGCCCUGUUGAAGGCCAGACUCAUGGUACUGUUGCGAUCGGCACAGUCGCUGGACUGGAGGGAUGUGAUCUGUUGAAAGGAGUUGAGGUCACAGCUAGUGAUUAA